AUGAGAGGUCUGCCAGCGGUCUCUGUGGACAGUUACGGUGAUCAUAAUCCUGUCCUGCGGUGCAACAGUCCCGGGGUCUGCAAGUGUCCCGGGGGCUGCAAGUGUCCCGGGGGCUGCAAGUGUCCCGGGGGCUGCAACAGUCCCGGGGGCUGCAACAGUCCCGGGGGCUGCAACAGUCCCGGGAGCUGCAAGUGUCCCGGGGGCUGCAACAGUCCCGGGGGCUGCAACAGUCCCGGGGUCUGCAACAGUCCCGGGGGCUGCAAGUGUCCCGGGGGCUGCAACAGUCCCGGGGGCUGCAAGUGUCCCGGGGGCUGCAACAGUCCCGGGGGCUGCAAGUGUCCCGGGGCCUGCAACAGUCCCUCCGGGGGCUGCAAGUGUCCCGGGGGCUGCAAGUGUCCCGGGGGCUGCAACAGUCCCGGGGUCUGCAACAGUCCCGGGGGCUGCAAGUGUCCCGGGGCCUGCAACAGUCCCGUGGGCUGCAAGUGUCCCGGGGGCUGCAACAGUCCCGGGGGCUUCAAGUGUCCCGGGGGCUGCAACAGUCCCGGGGGCUGCAAGUGUCCCGGGGGCUGCAACAGUCCCGGGGGCUGCAAGUGUCCCGGGGGCUGCAACAGUCCCGGGGGCUGCAACAGUCCCGGGGGCUGCAAGUGUCCCGGGGGCUGCAACAGUCCCGGGGGCUGCAAGUGUCCCGGGGGCUGCAAGUGUCCCGGGGGCUGCAACAGUCCCGGGGGCUGCAAGUGUCCCGGGGGCUGCAACAGUCCCGGGGGCUGCAAUCCCGGGGGCUGCAAGUGUCCCGGGGGCUGCAACAGUCCCGGGGGCUGCAAGUGUCCCGGGGGCUGCAACAGUCCCGGGGGCUGCAAGUGUCCCGGGGGCUGCAACAGUCCCGGGGGCUGCAACAGUCCCGGGGGCUGCAACAGUCCGGGGGUCUGCAAGUGUCCCGGGGGCUGCAACAGUUCCGGGGGCUGCAAGGGGGGCUGCAACAGUCCCGGGGGCUGCAACAGUCCCGGGGGCUGCAAGUGUCCCGGGGGCUGCAAGUGUCCCGGGGGCUGCAACAGUCCCGGGGUCUGCAAGUGUCCCGGGGGCUGCAACAGUCCCGGGGUCUGCAAGUGUCCCGGGGGCUGCAACAGUCCCGGGGGCUGCAAGUGUCCCGGGGGCUGCAACAGUCCCGGGGGCUGCAAGUGUCCCGGGGUCUGCAAGUGA